CUACAUUUAGUUCAGUUCAAGUAGAGUGUCGGAAUAGUCGCAGGACUAGCGCCCAAACGAACAACACAGACCCACAGUAUUGCUAACUGCUCCUGAGAUACACACAGGCAUAUAGGCAUAGUUAAGAUUUUUUUGCACGUUCCGUUCAUUGAGAAAUUCAUUGGAAAAAUCAAGUGCAAUGGCAAUAGCAGUUAUCUAGGCAGAGGACAUCCAUAGUACUGCUAUUGUCUUAGCUGACUCCUUCUAAACAAUAAAAAUUAUACCAACAACAAUAAUGCCAAUCAAUGCAAUAUAAAAUGCUUAACUAUCAGUAGACGCGUAAAACGCUUAUUAAAAACAGAAAUAUAUAUACAUAUAUAUAAAUUAUAAAAUCGUUUUCUAUUCCGUGAGUUUGUGCUGAGCAACAACUUUAAGCAGAUCAACACUAUUUAAAUACAUAUCCAGAUCAUAUCAGCCUAAGAAGAGAAGCUACCGAAAUUGUUACAAUAACGAAGGAUCCAGAACCAGUUUUGGAAAUCGUUAUAUGAUUUAUGCAAAUCAUUGGAUUCAAUCUAAGUUUUUUGACGAAGAUGCUUUGUAACCGUAUAUUGAACAAAUACGUACAAAUAGAUAUAUUGGUUAUUUUGAUAUGCUUAACACACGGAAAUGGCAACUUCCUAAAUGCUCGUAGCCGUGACUAUGCAUCUCAGAGAAAUACGGAUACAGAGAAUGGAGUCAAGGGCGUAGACGGUGCUCCCACUGCAGGCAAUGGCCUGGUCGAGGGCAGCGAUGUGAGUGCUGUCGGAGAAGUUUUUGUUCCAAAAACAUUUCCACUCAGUUCCCAGGAACCAACAUGUGAGCAACUACGUGCGAUGUGGAUCUUUUCCAAGAGACAAUCUCGUGCAGCAGAGAUAACAAAUGAAAUACCAACAUAUCGCGACCCUUUUACAUACAAUGUGUGGGAGCCUCUAUAUUCCAACUCGCGGACCAUGGGCUCCCUUAGAAUGGGGACAAGGGAGCGUUCCCGUUCCCCCGUCUUCGGCCGAGUUGUCAGUCGGGAGCCCAUUGUUCCCCAACGUGUAUCUUAUGGACAACGUCAGCGACUAGUCGAUGGAGGUGGCAUGACAAGAUUCUACGGCGCCGAAACCCGACCUUCGAACGGUCCAUCCUCGCGCAGAUCCACCCAAAAUCGAUAUGUCGGCGGUCCCAAUAGCUCAGUGACUACUUCUAACAGCGGAGGUAAUCCGAAUUCCGUUGCUGUGCAAGGCAGCUUCCAAAAACUGAAGGAGCUCAUUUGGACAGAGCGGGCAAAGGAACUAACACAGCAGCGUCGAGCCGAAGAAUUGGCAGCACGAGCGGCAGUUCUUAAAGAGAUAACAAACGGCCAAAACAUACAGUCGUCUUACAAGCCACCAUUUCUCUCGAAAUCCGACUCAAUAUUGAUGGAUGAGAAUCGAAGUCCCGACGGCAGUGUUGGGCAAUAUAUGGACGAUGGACGAGUGCCGAUUGCUGAUGGACAAGCCUUUGGCCCCAAUGGCAAGAAUGAGCACAGAAAUGGAGGAGCCCGCGCAUCGGCCCGCAGCUAUUCGAGCCGCAUGGGGCAUGCCUCGGCAGCGGGAAAUAUAUUUUCGGGUAACUCGGCCGCAGGACAAUCGGGGCGGGCGGCUCGCAUAAAGCUUCCUGCAACUGGGUUCAACUCAGGCUCAGAGCUCUCAGAUAGAGAUCAGGCAGUUAUAGGCAUACCAAGGACAUAUCCGUUGCGACAAUCGCAUUUCAGAGAAAGAAAUCGCUCACUACUAAAACAGCACUCUCCUAGCGACUAUUUCCAGCGAGAUGCAAGAAACUUGAAUGGCUUACAUAUUGAUGGAGCAAAACUAAAUGGAAACUACCUAUCCCCAUUCAAUCCAAUUCCAAUUGAAUAUAAUAUGAGAGCCAAUGGGCCGCUCUAUGUCAGGGAAGAUUUUGGAGAUGAGGAAAAGAGCGGAGAUGUUGGUGUUGUGUCGCCGCCACAGCAGCUUAAAUCUGACCAAUUUGGAUUUGAUUUCUACGACUACAAUGGCUAUUAAGGGCUGAAUGAAAGUCAUAAUCCAAAUUUGAGUUGAUUCGAUUUUUGUUCUGCCAGUUCAAGACAAGAAUAAUUAUACGAAAAUGAAUUGUCUAUUCUGUUCGACCUAAAAACUUUCCACAUUAGGGUUUAUGUAUAUUCUUCUAACUAUUUUUAUUAUGUAAAGAUUUUUGUAUAGAAAUCGUGUAAUGCAACUACAUACAUAUAUAAACGGUGUUGUGCCCAUCUCGAAAAUGGCUUACUAAGAACCUGUACGGCGAAUUUCGGUAAUGUAAAUACAAGGAAACAAAUGAAACUAUACAA